CAGGGAUCCCUCUCCGCUCCACAUGCGAGGAGAAGAGCUCAUCUGAUUACAUAAUGACCCAGUGACAGUGAGCCAGAACCGGUACUGCCAGUACCAGUGUGCUGGGAGACUCUCACUGACCACUGGCUUCUCUUCUUUCCUCUUUUUUUCUCAUUCUUUUCCUCUUUUGAAAAUAGGAUGACAAUGGCGUAGAGAAGAACAAUGUGAUGUCAAAGUUAGAUCUGGUUUAGAGCUGUCAAACUUUGAAAUUUCUCAUUUUUUUUAGAUUUAUUUUUUCCUACAUUUGUCAAAAUCUGCCUUUUUCACAUGUCUGCCGGACAGUGAAAUCAGAUAAAUCUUCAAGUUGCCAAUCUGAGGUCAAACUGAACCUUUGUUAAAAGCCAACAGAAAGCACCAGCUAUGACCUCAGCCACCCCACCCUCCUCUGAGGGCUCAUCCCCUCAGAAGGUAUGCCACUCUCAGACACAGACUGACAUCACCAAGCCCCUGCUGGGCUCCACAGGAGGGACUGUAGGUGCUGGUGCAGGUGUUGGAGGAAAAGAAGCUGGUGGGCCUAAUGCUCUUAGAAGGAGGCGCAGAGUCCUGUCCAAAGAUGGGAGAAGCAACGUACGAAUCGAGCAUGUUAGUGGACGCGGGGCGCUCUACCUAAGGGACCUCUGGACAACUUUCCUGGACAUGCAAUGGCGCUAUAAAUUCUUUCUCUUCUCUGCCACCUUUGCUGGAACCUGGUUCGUUUUUGGGGUGCUAUGGUACCUGGUGGCAAUGGUUCAUGGAGAUCUGCUGGAGUUUGACCCCCCCUCCAACCAUACUCCAUGUGUAAUGGAGGUGAAGACCCUGACAGGAGCCUUCCUCUUCUCUCUGGAGUCUCAAACCACGAUUGGCUACGGUUUCCGGUGCAUCACUGAGGAGUGUCCUGUCGCCAUUGUACUGCUCAUCUUUCAGCUGGUCAUCACCAUGGUGAUGGAGAUCUUCAUCACUGGCACCUUCCUUGCAAAGGUGGCUCGUCCCAAGAAAAGAGGUGAGACGGUGAAAUUUAGUCAACAUGCUGUUGUAUCUAACCACGAGGGUCGGCCGUGCCUCAUGAUAAGAGUGGCCAACAUGCGCAAAAGCCUCCUACUAGGAUGCCAGGUGACGGGGAAGUUGCUUCAGACGUCCUUGACAAAGGAAGGUGAGACAGUGCGACUGGACCAGCGCAAUGUGCCAUUCCAGGUGGACACGUCCAGCGACAGCCCCUUCCUCAUCAUCCCCCUGACUUUCUACCACAUCAUCGAUGACAACAGCCCUCUCAGGGCCUGGGCAGCAAAAGGUGGUGGUUGGACAGACCCAGAGCUGGCCGACUUUGAACUUCUUGUGAUCAUGAGUGCCACUGUUGAGCCGACCUCCGCCACCUGCCAGGUUCGGACGUCCUACCUUCCCGAUGAGAUCCUCUGGGGCUACGAGUUUCCCCCAGUCGUCUCCCUGUCUCCCUCAGGAAAAUAUGUGGCCGACUUCGCCUUCUUCGACAAAGUGGCCAAAACCAAAACCCCUCCGCUUUUCAAGCAGGCCCUUCCGCCGAGCCCACCAUCGCAGGCGUCCCGUCACCACGUCAAGGGCAAAGAGGACGAGAUGGACCCUGAGAAGAUGCGUCUGGAGGAGAGCUACAGAGGGGAAGAGCGGGGGCGAGAAAGAGGGAGGAUCAGAGAUAGCAGCCCACUGAGUGUGCGUAUCAGCAAUGUGUGAAUACAAAGACGAGGGAAAGCUGCGGAAAGAUGAUGUGAAACUGAGAUGAGACACACACAGGAAGAAGAGACGCAAGCUGCUCAAUAGAGGAAGAAAAACCGAACUAAAAAAAAAAAACAAAAACACCCUCACACAGUACGCCCACACACUUUCAGAUGAGGAGAUGAAACAAACACAUGGGUGCUGUUAUGUUGCACAAACUACACAUAUUCUCAGCUACUUUAACCACAAGCAUGUUGUCAACAAACUGCCUGCAAACAAACUUUAAAGGGAGCAAGUUACAAGCACAACAUGCACAAAUGCAGAAAACAAUAUCAAACCAGUUUUGAUACACUUUCUAACCUUUAUUCUCUUUUUCUGUUUGGAAAUGGACUUGAUUUAUUGCAAAUGCUGCAAAUCUUCAUAUUAUAAGGUCAGUUGUAUCUCUAAUUUUAGACGUGGUAAUUACAAGAUUUGAAUCUCAUGAUUUGAAUGUCUCAAGAUAAGUAUUUAUAUCCAUCCACUGUCUGAACCACUUAUCCAACAGGGCGGGGGUGUCCAAACUUUUUUUCCAGUGGGGGCUACAAACAAUAUCUGUAUAACAAUAACUGUCAGGUGUAGGUUAAUGCUUAGAGACUGAAUAUCCUUAAACAGCUUGUUAAUGGCUGACAAAACGAAUAGCCAACCCUUGUUAGAGAUUUUGGGAGGCCAGUCAGAUUUCAGGGAGGCUUGGUUAACCCAGGUGGACAUGGAUUCUGGUGAACCCAUUCACUCUGCAAGGUUAAGCCAAUUCAACUUCUGUCAAAAUUACAUUUUUGUUUUGUCUCACCACCAAUAAAAGGAAAAGUUUCAAUGGUAGUAUUACAAGGACUUGGAUCUAGAAGGAUUAUCAUUCAGGAGUCGAUAGCAAUAAAAAUGAAUGAUCCAUGUUUCAUUGUGGGACAGCAGUAACUUCAGCAAGUUUGGUAACAUGACCUAAAUUAUCCAGUGAGAACAAGUGCAUAAGAUAGAUGUAUUUAACUUUAAAAUUUACACAUUUAUGAGUCCCCUCACCUUAAAUGAAUAAAAUCCAGUGGAAAACAGUGCUAUUAUAUUUACAUAAUAAAGAAAAUUAUUUGGGACACUCAUUGAAACAAUUGAAAACUCAAGAUUCUAACCAAUAUUUACUUGAAUAUUAAAAAGUAUUCAUUUAACAAGACAUGGUGAGGUUAUAUUUGAAUUCUGACCUCUUUUAGUGCCAAUAGGCAAGAGUGUAUAAGUCAUGGUGGGACCACCAGUUUUAUCAUAUAAUUCCAACAUGAAACCUGUAAUAAUCAAAAAUAUUAAAUCAGUAAGUGAUUUUUAGCAGUGAUGAUGCCAACUAUAAAAAUAUGAACUGAUUUAUGCCAUUUAAGUUUAAUAAAACCGUUGUAAAAAUGACUAAAAUCACAUAUAUUUCACUAUAUAAACCACUUAUUUUUCUUUA